UAAACUUAUUAAAUAGAUUUGCUGUUGUUUUGGCCCUGCAGUGCCGCCUGUGAUUGACAGAAUGGUGAGUUUGACGACGAAGUUGGUGGAGACAAGCAGACAGACAUUUCUCUGUGGCGUCAGUCUGUGCUAUGCCAUCGCUUUCAUAUCCUACUACGUGCAGAUUCCUGGACUCUUUGGGCCCAAUGGAAUCUUGCCAGCUCACCUUUAUAUGAACAGACACAGAGAGUCGUCUGCUACCUCUUCGGCUACGACCAACUUGGAAAGAUUCAUCUCCAACCCAAACAUGCUCUAUCUUUUGAGAGAGGCAGGCCUCAGUGUCGAAGAAGGUAUGGUAUUCAGUUGUCUCUUGGGAACGAUUUUCGCCCUCUUCUCUUUCUCCUCUCGCAUCUCGAGGGGCAUGAUAGUGUAUGGCUCCAUGUGGUUUCUCUAUUUCUCCCUAGUCUAUGCAGGACAGACGUUCCUGUCGUUCCAGUGGGACAUACUCCUGUUGGAAACUGGCUUCCUCGCCAUCGUUAUAGCCCCACUCAACUUCCCUAAUAGUACUGUGUUACGAGUGAAGAGACACGACGAGGUAGUGAUGUUCUUGGUGAAGUUCCUUCUCUUCAAACUCAUGUUCAUGUCUGGGGUAGUCAAGCUCAGUAGUCUAUGCCCCACCUGGUGGGACCUGACUGCACUUACUUACCACUACGAGACACAGUGUAUCCCCACUCCUAUAGCCUGGUUCGCACACAGUAUCAUUCCCUUCUGGUUCCACAAACUAUCAGUCGUGGCUGUAUACGUAAUCGAAAUCGUCCUGCCUUUCUACCUAUUCUCACCAAUCAAGGCCCACAGAAAACUUUCAAUUUACUCGAUAAUAUUCUUGAUGGUUGUCAUCAUUCUGAGUGGAAAUUACAAUUUCUUCAACUUACUUACUAUUGUUCUCUGUCUCGGAAGCCUCGAAGACUGUGAUUAUUUCACACUUUUUCAAAGCUACGAAAAUCAUCAUUCAGACGAAAAAGUCAAGUCUAACUGUCCUCUGAUUGGGAGAUUGCUCGAACGAGUGUUACGUUGGGUAAUGGAUAUUGGCAUUAUGUACUGGAUCGUCCGAUUAUUCAAGCUAAAGUUCAACUAUUCCUCUUUCUCAAUAGAUUCUUCAGUUAACUUCACUCAUGAGCAGUUCCAAUCUUUUGUGAAUGCCGCUGUUACGUGUGCAAUUUUUUUGGCCUCUAUAUCUCUUGUUUGGAUUGUGGUCAAGAACUGUGUCUGUGCCUUAAAGGAUGAGACGGGAAUUAUGAACAAACUGUGGUCGUUUUCUCAAACAUUCACUUUUGGGUUUAUUGCCACUCUUCUGCUGACGAUGUCGUUUGUUCCGAUUAUGCAGCUGACAGAUCGCGAGACGGAGCAUCUUGUGCCGGAGUUCGCUGAAUCCGCCUACUUCCGACUGCAAGAAUUCAGAGUGUCGAACAGCUAUGGACUGUUCAGACGCAUGACUGGUAUUCUUGGACGACCAGAAAUAGUUUUGGAAGGUAGUGCUUCUGAAAAAGGCCCCUGGACCGAGUUCCACUUCCUCUACAAGCCCGGGAACCUCUCUGCCCCUCCCCCCUGGGUGGCACCCCACCAGCCCCGUUUGGAUUGGCAGAUGUGGUUCGCAGCUCUCUCUACUCCCGAGUUCACCACCUGGUUCAAAACUCUGGCGUUCCGCAUUUUGACCGGACAGCCGGAAGUUUUGGCUCUGAUGGAUGCGAAGUCAAACAUUAAGUUCAAAGAGCCGCCGCUCUAUAUUCGAGCAGUGAAGUACAAGUAUUUCUUCACCAAAGGCAACACUCAGAACUGGUGGAGACGAGAAAAAGAGACCAAACUCUACUUGGACCCUGUCAGUUUGAAGUCUCCCGCCCUAUUGGAUCACGUGAACAGAAAUAGGAUCAAAACUGUGACCCCGCCCCAGUUUUCUGAUAAAUGGCCGUUCUUGCGCCGCAUGUUGUACAGAUUGCGUCCUCAAAUGCACUCUGAAAAUAUAUCGGGAGAUAUUCUAGUAUGGAGUUUAGUUUUGCCGUUGAUUGCGAUGAAACUGGGAAAAGUGUUUUCUCCAAAGUACCCCGUGAAAAUGUAUUAUAUUUGAUGGCGCGUUUUAAGUAAAUAUAAAAUGUCUACUAGAUUGCAUUGAAAUCAAUAUGAUCUUCAAGCUAGAGGUUCUUAAGUGCGUUCACUUGUAGAGUAAGCUGGGUACCAAUAUUGCA